AUCCAAACAUAGUAGUCCCAUAAUUUCCCUAUAAAAUCCCCAAAUAACCCUCUCAAAAACAUGAUCUCAUAUUCCAACUCACCCUCACAAAAUUUCACAACCAAAACCAAAUCAUGGCAGAUAGCCCAAGCAAGAGCAAAACCAACUCCCUCAUCCACCAUACCACCUCCAAAAAGGGUGGUUGGAAUGCUGCCAUCUUCAUCAUAUUUGUGGAAUUUGCUGAGAGAUUUGCAUACCAAGGAUUGGCCUCAAAUCUCAUAAAUUACCUCACAAAAUUUCUGAAUGAACCCACAACUACAGCUGUGAAAAACGUUAACACAUGGGUUGGUGUUUCUUCACUCUUCCCUUUGCUUGGCGGUUUCGUAGCUGAUUCCUAUCUAGGUCGCUUCAACACCAUUCUCUUGUCUUCACUAAUCUAUCUUGUGGGCAUGGUUUUCUUGACACUUUCAGUGUCAGUACUAAGACAUAAGACACUUUUCUUCUUUGCACUUUAUGUGCUUUCCAUUGGUGAAGGUGGCCAUAAGCCAUGUGUUCAAACGUUCGCCGCCGAUCAAUUUGACGACGAUACGCCGGAAGAGAAGGAUGCGAAGAGUUCGUUUUUUAAUUGGUGGUACUUAGGCAUUGUCGCUGGUUCAACUGCUGCCGUUUUUUUACCUGUUUAUCUUCAGGACAAUGUUGGGUGGGGAGUGGGGUUAGGAGUAUUGGCAGGUGUGUUGGCAAUUGCAUUGGCAAUCUUCUUAUUGGGAAUCAAAAGGUACAGAAAAGAAGGCCCUACGGGUAGCCCAUUAACAAGACUGGCCCAAGUUUUUGUCGCCGCAUCUCGCAAGUGGCGCGUACAAGACACCAUUGGUACUAACAACUUUUGUUAUAGUCAAGAGGAGAAACUUGAACCUCAUCAUGAUCAUCCUCUUCAACCUAAAUAUCACACUUUGCUCCAUACUCGUCAAUAUAGAUUUUUGGACAAAGCAGCAAUAAUUGAUGAAGUUGAUGCAUCUAGCAAAUCAAGAAAUCCAUGGAGACUAUGUUCAGUGACUCAAGUCGAAGAAGUGAAGCUCGUCCUCCGCCUAAUCCCGGUAUGGCUAAGCUGUUUAAUGUUCACCGUCGUCCAAGCUCAAGGACACACAUACUUCAUCAAACAAGGCGGAACAUUGAUCCAUACCAUAGGAUCAGAUUUUCAGUUUCCACCCGCGUCACUUCAAGGUCUAGUCGGAGUCACGAUCCUCUUCGCCGUCCCAAUAUACGACCGAGUUUUUGUACCGCUCGCUAGAAAAUUCACAGGACACACCAAUGGGAUAACCGUGUUGCAGAGAAUCGGAGUCGGUCUAUUUUUGUCUAUACUCACAAUGUCCGCGGCAGCUCUCGUGGAAACAAAAAGGGUUAGCAUUGCUAAAAGCCACGGUCUAAUAGACGAUCCAAAAGCAAUACUACCGAUGCAUAUAUGGUGGUUACUUCCUCAAUAUAUGAUCACAGGUGUUUCUGACGCGUUUACUAUCGUCGGAUUACAAGAAUUGUUCUACGAUCAAAUGCCAGAGGGACUAAGAAGUUUGGGAGCCGCGGCGUAUAUAAGUAUAGUAGGAGUUGGAAGCUUUGUUAGUAACAUAGUUAUAGUCAUCGUUGAAGCAAUUAGUGCAAAAGCUGGUGAGAAAUGGUUGGGAGAUAACAUCAAUAGGGCACACCUUGAUGAUUAUUAUUGGGUUAUGGCUGCAUUAAGUGCUUUGAAUUUGGGUGUUUAUUUAUGGAUUGCAAAGUGUUAUGAGUAUAAAAAGGUAGAUGAAGAUGAAAAAAAUAAUCUUCAAGAGGGUUCAAGCUUCAAUAGAUAUCGUUCUGGAGUGUAACACAAGGCAAGAAAAAGCUUCAGCCAUAGCUAUUGCUACUACACAAUUUCCACUUGAGUAUAUAGUUCUUGAUGUGUUAUAGUAUCAAUAAAUUUUUAAGAUAGUUGCAUCUUCUUUUCAAUUCAACUUGAUUGUAACUUUAUUUUUCUGAUAAAUUUGAGUAAAUAUUCAAAUUAGUCCUCGACAAUGUAGACGAAAUGGUAAUAAUUAUUAAAAAUUCACACACACAAUCCUGAGUACCAGAGUUCAAAUUUUAGUGAUGACGUUCAACCUAACAAUAUCGACUUCUGUUAGUUGAGAUAGGACUUGCAGAUAAGAAAAAAAGAUUUAGUAUUGGUCCUUUCAGAAUCGACUGUAAUAUAUAAAAGGACUAAUUUAAAAGUUAUAGAUUCUCGAGAAUAAAAUUGAUAAUAACAAAGCAACAACAUAUCAGAAUCUCUGCAAAUCAAAUACUAAAAGGCAACAAAAGGGUAGCUUGCUCCGUGCUGCAAGUUCAACAUCAUGACAAGAACCCAUAUUCAUUUGUUGGAACUGUCACUAUCCAAAGGAAUGAAAUAUCAUUAUUUCAUAUCGAAUAUCAAGCUUUUGUUCUAUUGCAAAACUUGCUGCACAAUAUUAUCAUAAAGUGAGUAGCAUUUCUAGAA